AUGACUCAGAGUCCUUUGAUCCCGUCGAGGUCUCUGGAGAGAUCUGUCUCUAAGGAGGAGGAGGAGAGGCUUCAAAGAAGGAGAAGAAGAGGAGUACGGUGGGAGGCUAAGCGUGUUCCGAAUGUAAAAGUAGCCAAGAUAGAUGAACGCAAGUACUUAACGAGAGAGCAAAGUGUCUACAUGCCACAGAUUCCUGAAAUCCCCAAAUGCCCAGAACACUUGUUACCACUCAAGGAAUGGGAAGACUCAUUGCUUUCUGACUUCUCAGACCUUCGCUUGGCUUUAUCGCUAGAUGCCAAUGAGUGA